AUGUCAAAGAGUGCAAGCAAUGCUUCAACUUCAAACAACCAUAGCUAUGGCACAUCUGGAUCUUUGAUUCGUAAAAACAAGAGGAUCGAGUGCUUUUGCCAAGAUGAAAGUGUUCUUAGAACAAUGAAUGAUGUGAACAAUGCCAACAAGGGGAGAAAAUUCUGGGGUUGCAGAAAUUACAGAAACCACAUUGAAAAGGGUUGUAAUUUCUUCAAGUGGUUGGAUGAUGAGUUUCUUGAUGAAAGAGAUUUGAAACUUGAAAGACAAAAGAAGAAAAUUAACAUAUUGAAGAAUGAAGUUAUGUACACUUGA